GCCGGAAGUGAACGCAUCCCGCGUGGUCGCGCCGGCGAGAGGAGCCCCGAGGAGGAGGACGCGAGUAUUAUGGGGAGGCCGAGCAAAACUAAGAAUCAAAAGAAGGAGCGAGCAUCUGCCCAGCAUCGAUCUCAGGAGGAAUAUGGCUCCGUGCCUCACUCCUUUGUGUUUCAUCGAGGUCGUAUUGGUAAGAAUAUACAGCAACUCAUCCAAGAUGUUCGGCGAGUGAUGGAGCCCUUUUCUGCUACCAGCCUCAAG